UGUUUAGUGAUAACAUCGGCACAGAGCACCAGCACCGCAGAUGAGCGUCUAGUCCGUGUGUCCGUGAAAUUGAGUGUGUGGCAAAGCAGUAGCAGCAGCAGCAGCAGCGGUGGAGAGUGUGACGUAGUGCAAGGAUUCCAGGAGCUUCAGCAAACUCCUUCGAAGGAUACAGACCGUCGCGAUCCGCCUGCUCCUUGUUCUGUGUGGUAGUGCAGUUCUAGCGUGUCGAUCGACCUGAUAGCAAAAACAUGUCACUCAAGAAGGUAGUGUCGAUCCUGGUGAUCUGCGUGGUCGCCGUGCAGGGUGCGAGUGUGCCGCAGAAGGACACGAGUCUGGCCAGCCGGUUGAGCUGGGACUGCGCCAACGAUGUGAACUGUGUGGCCGGUCUGGCGAAGGAUGUGAUGCAAAAGCUGCAGUCCCGUCGCUCGAUCGACUUCGGCGUGUUCAGCGUUCAGCCCGUCGAGCACGUCCCGGUGGACGGUGAGGGACGAUCGUCGCUGGACUUCCUCAGCUCCAACGCGCUGCAGGUGCCGGUUGGACCGACCGUGCUCAACGUCGAGCGUUCUGCCGACUAUCCGAACUACGUCGAGGUGUCGCUGCUCAAAAAGGAAGACGGAGCCCGCGGACGCACCCGCAAGCACAUGCGCUUCUUUGUGCCCGCGUUCCUGGUCUUCAGCCAGAUCGGCUGGUAUGCGCUUGCCAUCGCCGGCGUGAAGCUGCUUGCGAUUAAGGCCUUUUUGGUCGCUAAAAUUGCCCUAAUUGUCGUAGCGAUGAUGACGUUCAAGAAGCUCAUGGAGCCGGUCGCUGUCAUGCCAGCACCGUACUUCGACCAUCCGGAACCGUUCAUGAUGCCGUACGGUAUGGACUUCCACCACGGGUUCGGCGGUGCUAGCAACGACAUGUACUCGAUGGGACUGGGCGGCCAUCUCGGACACCACGACGGACCGUCGGCCCUGCACGCCGCCGAAGGUGGUCUCGGUGCUGCCAGCAAUGUGAAUGCCGCCGUCGUCGAUGCAGCCGCCUCUACCGCGACCGACAAGUCGAGCAGCUCGGCGGCCCAGCCCGUGGCGGUUGCCGGCGGCAGUGAGCGUCACCAUUUCGGCGCCGGAAGCAAGAUUAAGCGACAAGACGUCUACGCGCAGCCCCAGGCCGCCAAGUACUUCAGAUAGGAGCAUCUAUCCAGCCACAGCAUCUAAUACUAGCAUACGCUCGCUGAACUACAAUGCAAAAACGGCAUCCGACACUCGAGAACGAUGCAACGGUUGCGGCAUCGAAGAUCGCGCACAGGGAGGGAGAUCGUCCUGCCGCCCUGUGUGGUGUCUGUUGUAUUAUUUGUUUCCCCCACGAUGUCUCCCGGUCGCCACCCCCCGGCCGGGUGGUGAUCGCGCCGAAGACAGCACAAGCCUGACGAACCUGUAAACUGUUGCCAAAAUUGUCCCCCCAACCUGAACUCCCGCCCCAGCUCCUCCCUCCCUGCCCCAUUCCCCAAGCAUCCCGAAAUAAAGCAUAUUUAUUUAUUUAUUUAUUACUUGUGACGGAAAAAAUCGUA